AUGGGUCUUGCGACCAUGCUGAAAAAGCUCAAGGCCAAGGAGGGCGAGAUGCGCGUGCUCAUCUUGGGCUUGGACAACGCUGGUAAGACGACCAUUCUGAGAAAGUUCAACGGCAAGGACAUUGAUGAGAUCAUGCCGACCUUGGGCUUUAAUAUCCAGACCAUUCACCAUGACGGUUAUGAACUCAAUUUUUGGGAUGUCGGUGGUCAAAAGUCGCUGCGCACUUAUUGGCGCAACUACUUUGAAGCCACCGACGGUAUUAUCUGGGUGAUCGACUCCACGGACCGCCGGCGCUGGGAAGAAGGCCGUGAGGAGCUCUUCAAAUUGCUCAGCGAAGAGCGUUUGGCCGGUGCCUCGGUGCUGAUAUUUGCCAACAAGCAAGAUCUACCCGGCGCGUUUCCCGUCAGCGAAAUUGCCGAGCAAAUGAAGCUGGACGCCCUAUCAUCACACCAUUAUCGAGUGCAGGGGUGCUCUGCCGUCACGGGCGAAUCGUUGCUCGAGGGCAUCGAUUGGCUCGUGGACGAUAUUGCCCGCCGCAUCUACAUGAAGGACUAG